GCCCUGCCAUUCUCCCACAGUCUCAUAUUAUAGAGCUCCUAGUUGCCCAUUGCCAUGCAGAAAUAGCUCACCAGGGAAGAGGAAUGACAAUCAACCACAUCCGAGCUAAGGGAUGCUGGAUCCUUGGUUGCAGUCACUUUGUGUCCAAGUUUAUCUCCAGAUGUGUGACCUGCCACAAACUUCGUCAACCAGUCCAAAGUCAGAAGAUGGCUGAUCUUCCCAAAGAUCGGCUUACACCUAGUCCUCCGUUUACUUACUGUGGAGUGGAUUGUUUUGGCCCGUGGACUAUCAAAGAAGGCAGAAAAGAGUUGAAAAGGUAUGGCCUCAUCUUUACUUGCAUGGCAUCAAGAGCAAUUCACAUAGAAACGCUGAACUCGAUGACUACUGAUGCCUUCAUAAAUGGAUUACGACGUUUCGUUUCUAUACGUGGCCCUAUCAGGCAGCUGAGAUCAGACAGAGGGACAAACUUUACUGGUGCAGCAACUGAACUCUCAAAAGCAUGGAAAGAAAUGGACCAAACGAAAGUGGCAUCCAUUCUGCUUUCAGAGGGCUGUGACUAUCUUGAUUUCAAGUUCAAUUUCCCAGCCUCAAGUCAUAUGGGAGGGGCAUGGGAAAGACAGAUUCGUUCAGUACGCACAAUACUCGAUGCAUUACUGCAUCGAAAUGGUCACCAACUUGAUGAUGACUCGCUUCGUACCUUGCUCUGUGAAGCAGCUGCUAUAGUCAACAGUCGUCCUUUGGCUGUGGAAUUCCUCAAUGAACCCAACCACCCAGAACCACUUACCCCGAACCACCUACUGACCCAAAAGACGAAGGUUAUUCUGCCACCACCUGGGAGGUUUCUUCGUGAAGAUGUUUACCUGAAGAAGCGCUGGAGGAGGGUUCAGCACCUAUGUAAUGAGUUUUGGAGCCGAUGGAGAAAAGAGUUCUUGAACCAACUGCAAUCACGAAAGAAAUGGACUCGUACUCAUCGUAAUAUGAGAGUUGGUGAUGUCGUAAUCAUCAAAGAUGAUCAGUUACCUCGAAACUUAUGGCCACUUGGAAGAAUCGUCGAAACGUAUGAAUCAGAAGACAAUCGCGUUCGCAAAGUGAAGGUAGCAGUGGGUGAUCGAAAACUAGCAGCAUCAGGAAAGCGAACUACUUCAGUGAAUUACUUAGAUCGUCCGAUUCACAAACUAGUUUUGAUUCUACCCCAGGACGAACAGGGUUAAUUCCCCGCCAUGGAGCCAUUUUUCAUUAACUUUGAACAUUUGAAAGAGACAGACUAUGUGAUCCAUAAACUAGAAACACUAAUUUGACCAAUUUGGGGUCUGAACUCAGAGACUAGACCUCACCUUUGAUUUUAACUCAUAGACCUAUUGAAUCUAAAUUUGGUCUGAAUUGGUAGACUACCUUUGUUUGGUCGAAAUCUAAAUUUGGUCUGAAUUCGUAGACUAAUUAUUGUUUGUCAAAAUCUUUAUUGGGUCUGAAUUCAAAGAAUAGUUGUUUUGUCCAAAUCUGAGUUGGGUCUGAAUUCAAAGGCAAACAUGCUCCACCCAUUUCAGGUCUAGUUUUUAAAGACUAAUACCUUUUUGUUGGAAAUUUAUGUCUGGAGCUCAAGACAAUUUUUUCUUUUCAAGUUGACAUAAUUAUCAGCAAAUAAAGGAAUUAUGUCAAUUUAAAUGGUCUGCAGAGAAGACUAACGAGGUGUUGCAAGAAAAUAUCGCUAUCAAUCGUAAAGGUCAGUGGCAAUUUUACAAGUUAUAGAACAAUUUUGGCUAAUCAAAUCAAAUUGCAUUUUUGAUACAUAAAAACCGAUCAGCAAAAAUAACAAAUGGGACUUUUGAUCGAUUUGGAAACUUGAAAUUAAUUUUUGAUCAAUUUCUUGCAAAACUCCAUAAGACUGGAUUAUGAUAUAGCUAUUAUGACAUGAAUGUCUCAACGUUCAAAUUUGCCUGAAUAUUGUGUACAUUUUUUUUUUUGGUUUACUCUAGGUUCGACUUGUCAAAAGGCUGAUGUAGGUCGAUACUCAACAUCAUUACUAUAAAAAGAAAAAAAAUACUAAAGAGUUAUUUUUAUUCAAGAUUUGUAUGCAUGGAAAGGUAAUUCAAAAUUCAAUUGGAAAUUUGUGAAAAUUCCUUUGCCUACUGAAUGAGUUUAAAUUUCAUUAUAUACAUUCGGUAAGUUAUGCCAGUUCUCGUCAUGACUGAAGAUUUAUACAGGGCAUAUUCAGUGAAAUCCUUUGCAUAAAUUUGAAAGAUUUUUUUUUUUUAAUGGACUUUGUGUGUUUAUAUUCAGAAAAUUCAGUACAAUGGUUCAAAGGAAAACAAUGCCUAUGAGUCAUUUGUAUUUUCAUAUGAUACCAAUUCCAUAUUCUAAAUCAGUAUUCAAGAUAUUCUUAACCAAACUUCAAAAAUGGGAUUGCACAUUUAGUGAUAUGAUGUAUCAAUUUGCUUAGUAAUGCUUAUUGUAUCAUCGUGUAUGUAAUUAUUUUUUUUAUAAAUGAAUCUGAUUAAUAGUUAAUGACUGACAAAAUUAUUCAGUGAAGGGUAAAUUAGUUUUUUUUUUGCUCACUAAUUUAAAGGAGCCAUGUUGAUGACCUCGACUUGUUAAAUGAUUUGUCGCCCUCAUGCGGCAGAUAAUUAACGAUACGUUGAAACCGGCAAAAUUGAAUUGUUGAUUGCCUUAAAUUUGAUGAAAUCGCUGAUAUAAAAGGAUUUGAGCCAACGAAAGGGCACAGAGUUUUCACGGAGUUGAACGACAUGGAAGCAAAUAAUAAUAAACGCUAGACAACUUCAGUUGAGACCUGUGCCUCGUAUUCAUUUAUAGCUCUUGUGGCUCUGCCACAGCUACACCAACCCUUAUUUCUGA